GAUUUGCCGUGAUGUUUACGUUUGCCUUCCUGGAGGGCACGAAGCAGCGCACCUGGGAGUUUGCUGGGCAUGAGGUGAACUACCUGUCCAUUCAAGUCAUGGCAUCGGUGGUAUCGCUGAUCAUCGCGCUGUGCAUAUCUGUCUUCAUGGAGGGAAAGUGGGGACUUGUGCGGAUAUUUUCACUUCGCGCACUCUGUCGCUGGAGCUUUGUUGGCCUUCUCUAUUCAUUGAAGACCGUUCUUCUGACAGUCACGGUGGAGUCAGGCUUGCAUAACGUGAUUUACAUGAUGAUGGACAACCUGUACGUCAUUGUCGCUGCUGUUGUGAGCUUCUUUGUUUUCAACAGGCUCUACGGAAAGCUGGAGUGGCUGUCGCUGUCCAUGUUGAUUUUCUCCGCCCCGGCUUUCUUUAUCAUGCGCGAGAGGUGCAACCUGAACUUUUGUAACAUCUUCACCUUUCAACAUCGGGAGGAAAGUUUUGCUGGGAUGUUAGCUGCCAUUUCUGCCAUCUCGCUGGCUGCCGUGGCGUCGGUUCUAGCCGAGCGGAUUUUCAAAAACAGAUACAGAGGGCGCCUGGCAGGCCGCGACGAUGGCACCAUGCAUGGCAGGUAUUACAUCCAUAGGGUGCACCUGGACUUGGUGUGCUCCGUGCUGGGGGUGGCCGUCUGGAUUGCGCAGUACUUCCUCAAUGAUGGCCUGUGGGGCUCUAGGACGGAUGUAAUGUUCGGGAAAUGGAGCCGUAUUCACGUCGCGCUGCUCUCCCUGACAGUCGGACAGAUGUGGUGGGCGGGGCUUGUCGUGAAGAAUUUCUCGACGGUCACCAAGUCACUCAUCCAGACAGUCGUUGGCGUUCUAAGUGUGUGCAUCGUCGACCCGAUCGUGGGGAUGAAUAUGGGGCACAACUGGAGCGUUCGAUCCAUUCCAUCAGUCUUGAUUGCCAUCUUCGUCGUCAUCUGUGCCGUCCUAUUCCAGACGGGGAGGUUGAAUGUGAAGUUCCUCUGGAAGAGCGCUGGGCUGACUCCGAAGCGAGAGUACGGUGGCCUGGAAGCCUGCAAGCAGAUGUUCUGCAAGCGUGCCGCGGAGGACACCGCGGACACUCGCCGAGACGUCUGUGCUUUCCUGAAGUAUUCUCUACCGUUCUUUUACGUCAUCGCCAGUGCUUUGCAGACGGAGUUUCAGAACGAUGUGUCGGCUAACCGCUUCUUCGUGCCACAAUCGCUGCAAGUGGGCAUUCCUUUCUGCGGCAUGUGCUUGGCCUGCGUGCUCACGGUCAACACCUACGGCUUCGCCGGGCUACGGGAGGCCUUGAACCCCUGCAGCUUGCCGAAAUUCUUCGCCCUGGGCUUCCUGCAGUCGAUGUCAGGGGCGUUGUUGGGGUUGGCCAUGGCCAUUGGCAUCAACGCGUCGCUGAAGGAGGCCAUGGGAAAGAUCUACACUCCCUUGGCCAUGGUUUUGGGACGUUUGAUCUUGAAGCACAGCUACGCUUGGAUUGAGUGGCUAUCGCACACGGCCUCCUUCGAUGCUGCUGUCAUCCUAGCCUUCAUGGAUGCCACCGUUGCAAACCACCGCCCUGGAGGAAGCUCACAUGUGAGUGCUAUCCUCUGCGUGGCCGCAUCGGCGUCGGUGUCCUGUAUCAACUCCGUGAUCAUGGAGCUGGCACUUCAGAAUACUACGACGCCUUUCAUCAUGAACAAGGCUGGGCUCUG